AUGGACAUUGACGACAUCCUGGCCUCCGUCGACCGCGGCGCAGGCGCCAGCCCGGCCUCCACCGCAAUCGACCACCAGCUCCUAACGCGGUUCUGGGUCGCCGAGCGCGCCGUGUCGGAGGUCCUCCCGUGGCCGACAGCAUUGAUGGAGCGAAUGAUGGACCGGGUGCGCUGGCAGAUCGAAACAAUCGAAGACCUUGCCGCGUCCUCCUCCGACGCGCCAGACCCAUCAUCCAAAUCCAACAACGCAACACUCAACCUCCGCCUCUCAAUUCUCCAAACCGACCUCGCGCGCACGCAAUUCCUUCUGCGCAGCGUCCUCCGCACACGACUCGCCAAACUCUCAAAGCACAGCAUGCACUACCUCGUGCUCCUCUCCUCCCGCUCCACAAAACCCUCCGCCACACAAUCCGAAACACAACCCUCCCAAUCAAGCAUCGACACCUCAACAACAAACACCAGACCCGAAGACUCGGUUCCCGACAUCUCGAGCGUAACGGACCUCUCCCCGCUCUCAGAGGCAGAGGCGCAGUUCCUGCACACGCACCAGUCUCUGCUUGCGUCGCACUAUGCCGGCUCGUUUAUGGGUGCGUUCCCACAAAAUCUGAGGCGGUUGGAUGAUAAUGCGGGUGGGACGAGUAUGGUGCAGGGCCCUGAUAACAGGGAGGUCGUUUUUGUCAGGUGUCUCGGUGGUGAGGUUCCUGUUGUUAUUGCGGCGGCGGGGGAGGAGGAUGCGAUUGAUAUUGGGGUGACGAUGCGCAUGGGCGAUGUGUGGGUUGUGCGGUGGGAGGGUGUUAAAGAUGCGUGGGAACGGGGGGAGGUGGAAUUGCUUUGA